UAUAUUUAUACGCUUGGUAAAGAGAAAUGGCCGCUUGUUACAAAGGAAUUACGCGAAUUUCUUGAUAGCGUUGUACGAAAGGUGCACGACGUGGGAGCCGUGCAGGAGCUUUCCCGACAUUACGGCGAGCAACAUGUUCAGCUAAAAAUUUAUGGUUUUAAGCCGGAUUUCUGGGUUAGCUUAGCGGAUGCAAUGACACUUGAAUGCGUUAUACUGGAUAUGGCAAAUCACCAGGUUCUCCUUACCUCCUCUAUUUCAGGAUGCGCGCAAGCAAGGUGUAAUCCCCAGUGA